GUUGAAACGGCGUCGUCUGAAUCAUCUUCUUUUUCCUUCUGAAACUCCCUUGCUCUCCAACCAACUGCGCUUCGUUUCCGGGUACCCUUCGUCUUCAAUCCGAUGAAGAAAAACACUUAGAAAGGAUUCGCUCCAAGUACUCGUCAUAGAUUCUCCCCAAAGCCUGCUUUUUUACUUGUCCGAACGGGUUGGGUUUCUCUCCAACCUGUUUGUUUCUAGGGAAUUCUGCACCCUUUAAUCUGUUUGAACAAUAUGAUGAUGCUUAGAAUCCGUAGCAGAGAUGGCUUGGAACGAAUCUCUGCCGAUGGACCCCAUAUCACUGUCUCCGACCUCAAAACCUUGAUUCAGAGCCAGCUCCAGAUCCCCGUCCACAGCCAGACCUUGUCCACGAAUCGGGAUCUUCUCCUCGCCAAGUCCCCCGAGGAUCUCGCCCGGUGCAGCGACAUGGCCGACCCCAACCUUCGUCUCUCGUCGCUGAAUCUGGGUCACGGCUCAGUUGUCUACCUUGCUUACGAGGGCGAACGCACGGUUUGCGGCGGUCCCGCGGUGUCCCCCGCCGGAUCGUUCGGGAGGAAGAUGACGGUCGAUGACCUGAUCGCGCGCCAGAUGCGCGUGACACGCCAGGAGAAGUCUCGCUGCGACUCGGUCUCGUUCGACCGCGACUGCGCCAACGCGUUCCAGCACUACGUCAACGAGUCGCUGGCGUUCGCAGUCAAGCGCGGUGGGUUCAUGUACGGAACCGUGUCGGAGGAAGGCCAGGUAGAGGUGAAUUUCAUAUACGAGCCGCCGCAGCGGGGAACAGAAGAGAAUCUGCUUCUGAUGAGAGAUGGAGAGGAAGAGAAGCGGGUGGAGGCAAUCGCCAUGGGACUGGGGAUGAGGAAGGUGGGGUUUAUAUUCACGCAGACAGUGAUGCAGGACAAGACAGAGUACACAAUGUCGAACAAGGAGGUGUUACAGGCGGUGGAGCUUCACGCAGAGAGCGAGUUGAAGGAGUGGGUCACUGCGGUGGUGAAGCUUGGGGUCAAUGAAGAAGACGGUGGUGCAGACGUCCACUUCGAAGCGUUUCAGAUGAGUGAUAUGUGCGUAAGGUUGUUCAAGGAAGGGUGGUUCGAGACGGAGAUUGGUCCGGACGAUGAUCCUAAGAUUUCCAAGAUGAAGAAAGAGGUGGUUGUCGGUAUCAAGGAUGUCAAGGAAGUUGACAACGAUUUCUUCCUCGUGGUCGUCAAGAUCUUGGAUCAUCAGGGACCUCUGUCAUCAACCUUCCCAAUAGAGAAUAGGAACACGCAAGCAACAAUGCGGAGUCUGAGAAACCAUAUGGAGAGAACCAAGAGCCUCCCUUUGGUGAAGAGGAUCGCUGAUUUCCAUCUGCUCCUCUUUGUGGCACAGUUUCUGGACGUUGCAUCCGAUGUCCCCUCCUUGGCCGAGUGCGUGAGGCUGCAGUCUCCCAUCCCCGAGGGCUACGCUCUGCUCAUCCACUCUAUGGCCGACGCUUCUUAAUAUCCCAAUCUGUAUAUACAUGCAUGCCCUGACCAUGAGACUAUAACGUUAUGUACAAUGAAAUGUACCUUUUAGCUGUUGUGGGAAUGGAGUCUAAACGGCAUUUUGGUUUUCUUA